GGGACUUUUGUUUUAAAACGUUAUUGGAUUUGACAAGCGGCCAAGUCGUUGGCCAUAUUUCUAGUAGUACUAGACGUUAUCGUGUCGCGAUAGUAUUGCGGUCGUAAUUAUCCUAAAACUGCGUUAAGUUUUCUACGAAGAGCGAAUUCGUCCAAACGUACAUCCAACACUUAAAAACUCACCGACAUGCGUUAGCUAGCGUAUGCUACUGUAUGCCCGAGUGACAGAAGGUUUGCAAUAUGCAAAAUUGGAACCAAUGGCAAAUACCGGCUGGUACCGUCACAACACCGAUGCCACAACCACCAAUCGGUUAUCCUGCUCCAGGAGCAGAUCCCAUGGCAAUGAUGCAGGCGUAUAUGCAAUACUAUAAUCAACCAGCGCCUAGCGGUUAUACGGCAGAACAAUGGGCUGCUGCCCAGCAACAGAAUUGGGUUCAAUGGCAGCAAUGGCAGCAACAGUUCCAGCAAUGGCAGACGCAAUACGGGGAGAAGUAUCAAGAGACAAUGAAGCAGUUGUCAACACAGGGCAUGAGCACAUUAGCCACUCAGGCGCCUCCAUUGCCAACUAUGCAACCACCGCCCCUUCCCAAAGAAGAAACCAUAAAGCCCCCUUUGCCCCCAGAAUCAACUGGUACCCAGUACCAAUUUACCACAGUCCCCCCGCCACAUCAAAACAACCUUCCGCUGUUCCCCUCUAAACAAUCUGCGAGUAGCGCCGGAACCUCCGCAGCUGCUUCGAGUUACUUGCAAAAUCCUCCUUUGCCACCAAAUCAGCCACCUUUACCGGGUCAACCUGGUGGUGAGACUCUGUCUGCGAAUAAACGCGGUAUUAGUUCGAUUAUGGAAACUAGUAGUGCUAAAAAGUUUAAAAUCGAAGAUGAACUAACCGAGGCUGAAAAAACAUUUGACGCCCAGUUCAAACAGUGGGAAGAACAAUUUAAUAAGUGGAAACAGCAAAAUGCUAAUCAUCCAGAUAAGACUCAGUACAAGCAGUAUGAGGCCAAAUGGACGUCCUGGCGUGAGAAACUUAUAGAGAGGCGGGAACAGAUGCGACGAAAGCGAGAACAGCAGAAGCAAGGUUCGGCUAAAACAGAGGGUGACAAAAAUAAGAUUCUUUCCGGUGGCGAAAAGAUAAUGAAUAUUCUGUCAAAUACAGAAAAUCAGGGAUUGAUCAACAAUCUAUUAGGAAUAGGAAAGUCGCUUGGAUUAAGCACGAAGCAAGACACCUUGGCUCCUGCGGCAUCUACAGCGAAUACUACAUCCUUGGCUACUCCAGGAACAGCUGCAAUGCCACAGAUUCCAGGACUGGUCCAACUAUCCGGCAUGGCUCCACCUACUAUGACAGCCGAUAUGACGCAAGCUGCCUGGGCUGCACAACAGUGGGCUGCGCAAUACAACGCAGGAUUAAAUAUGACCAACUUUUCGAAUAUACAAGCAAUGACUGGUAUGCCGCCACCGCCGAUCGGUAUGCAAAUCAGUCAGAUGCCAGCACCGCCGAGCAACUUCUCACAACCGCCACCAAAUUUUUCUCAACCACCACCUGGUUUCGGUUCUCUGGACUCAAGACAGGCGCAGGGUGCUGCAUCGAGACCUCCUCAAGGCAAUGUUCCAGACAAACCUGUCCAACCCUUUGGACAUGAUGAUGAUGAUAAAAGGGAUAGUUUUACUGGUGGAUCAAAUGACCGUUUUGGAUCUGAUGGGCAACGUUUUGGGUCUAAUGACAGAUCUGGCGGACGUGAUAAUCAAUUUGGUGGAGGAAAUGAUCAUUUUGGCAGAGAUGAAUCAAGCAAUGAUUUUUCAAAUAGUGAUCGUAAUUUGGGAAAUCAAUUCUCUUCAAGAAACGAUCAACUUGGACGUGACAAUCGAGACUUUGAUUCUAAUAGCCGUUCAAACAAUCAGUUUAGGCCUGACGAUCGUUUUGAUUCACGGAAUGAUCGGUUUGGCCGAGAUAAUGAUCAUUUCGGGUCAAAUGAUAAAGGAGAUAUUGGAAAUGACCGUUUUAACAGAGAUGCUGGAAGAUUUGGUGAUCAAACUAACCGAUUUUCAACCGACAAAGAUAACUUUGGUGCAGGAAGUGAUCGUUUUGGAUCGAAUAAUGAUAGAUUCGGUAGACUCACCAUGGAUCGAUUCGAUCAAAGAGACUUACCUGAUAACAGACGCGACAAUUUUGGUAACAAUCCUCGAGGAUUUAAUAGAAGUGGUAAUCAGUUUGACGCUACAGAUGAAAUAGCACCUGAAUUGAAGAAACUUAUGGAGAAACGUAGAGCGGCAAUGGAUGUGUUUAAGCCUAGAGAUAGCAUUUUGAGCUCCGACUCUAGUAUUGGCGUUGGUUCGCUUAGUGAAAGUUUCAAAAAAAUUACUGGGGAUUCACCAUUCGCUUCAAGAAGUUCAAGUGAUUUUGGAUCACGAGAUAACAUAGGCAUGAGAGGUCCCGACAGUUUUCCAGGACGCGGAAUGGGUUCAUUUGGUCCUCGUGGACAAGAAGACUUCAGAUCACGUGGUCCAGGAGAUUUUGGACCGCGGGGUUCGAAUGACUUUGGAAAUAGUCAUUCUGAUUUUGGUUCUCGUGGUCUUGGGGAUUUUGGAGGCAGGCCUACAAAUUUUGAACCAAGAGGAAUGAGAGGGUCAGAAUUUGGACCACCACGUCCCGACUUUGGUAAUUCCAGGAAUGAUAUACCGUUUGGUCCCCGUGGUCCACGGCCUGACUUUUUACCUCAAGAUAGAGAAGGGCCUAAUCUUCAACAGUCUGAUAAUAUGGCCUCUAAUACUCCUACUCUGGGACAGCCGCAAGGUCGUCCGGAACCUAUGGGCGCAAACGUGGAACAGAAUCUAAACAGAGGUGAAGGACCUGAAUGCAGAAAUAUGGAUAAAGAUGGCGGACGGGAUAUUCCACCAUUGGAAAGACCACCUUGGAUGGAUGUUAAAUUUCCUGACGACCAUGCUGAUGAGAAGGAUCCUUGUGAACUAAAUCCCGUAAAUGAAAGUGUCCCAAUGAAGAAUCGAGAAUCGAUCGACCCAUCAGAAACUGUAAUGACGGGAGAACGUUUAGAAAAUAAGGAACCUGAAAAAUCCGAGACAGACGAUAUUGUGAAAAAGUCCGAUGCUCUACCUUUUAUGGGAGAAAAUGAUCCUAAACCUGAAGAUUUGAAUAUGGAACCACCACCGGAACUACCUAAUUUAGGCCCAAUAACUGAAAGAUAUAAUGUACCACCGUUUGAUAGUAAUAUGGGUCCUAUACGACCAGAUGGUGGAAUGUUUGGACCAAGAGGUCCCUUCGAUGGACCUUUUGGGCCAAGAAAUAUGCCAUUUAGACCAAGAGGACCAAUGCCGUUUGGUCCUAGAGAUACCGACGUCCGAUUUCCACCAUUUGGACCAAGAGCAAUGAAUAAUGGUCAAUUUGAUAAUCUAGGCCCAGGACCGGUUGGUCCACGAGAAUCAACCGAUGCACCAUUUGCAACUCGAAAUCCUAAUGAUGGACAAUUUGCACGAUCGGCCUUUGGUCCGCGAGGGUUAAAUGAUGGACAAUUCAGACCACGAGGGUCAGAUAAUAUCGGCCCCAGUGGUCAAAUCGAAGGACCAAGAGCAGGAAUUCCUUCCCUCAUGGGACUGAAAAUUGAUGAACCUAGACUUAGUGAUCUGAAUAAAAUUCCAAGUCAAGCAACCAAUGACUAUGAGCCGAAUAUUCCACAUGAUCCUAAUCGACCGUCAAUUAGACACUGUGACGUAGAUCAACGACUACCUUUUGCUCCUACAAACAUGGAUCAACGAUCACAAUUCCCACAGGAUAACGUUGACUUUGAUAGGAGAUCCUUACCUGGACCAAAUAUGCCCAACAGAGAUUCUCCGUUCGGUCUAGGAGGUCCAGAUUGGAGAUCCCCCUUUGCCCCGAGUAGACCUAACUUAGACAGACAAUUUGGAAAGGAUGUGGAUGACAGACCAUUAGGUUACUCAGACAUGACAGGAGGCGGUCAGAGACCAUCAAUGCUUGGUCCAAACGAUCUUGGUCCUGGGCCUGAACUAAGAUCUUUCGUUGGACAAGGCAGACCAGGAAGACCCUUACCAGAAGACCACAGUAGAAGAGACAUGGGUGGCAGACCCAUGAUGGGCGAUUUGAGGGUCGGUUCUAUCGAUUCUUUUUCAGGACCAGAUAAUACAAACUUCAGUUCAAGGCCAUUUGCAAGACGACCUGUGGAGCCUCGUCGUCUACCGCCUGGAAAGGAAUUCUGUAUCGAGAACAAAUUCAAUUACAAUCAUGGCGGAGUUACACCUGAUUCGUAUGCCGUAGAACACGUCCCAGCAAAGGUCAUAGAGUAUUCCCACGCACCUCGCCCUCCAGUUCAGGAUCACUUGACACCAGCCCAAAGCUUUGACUAUGGCCACGGUGCCUUGAAACCCGUGGUUCCUGAACAUGAAAUUUAUUCACAGCGAGACUUCAGACAUUGGGAGGAAAAUGAACAAAAUCUGAAAGAGUAUGCUGACAGAAUGAGGCCCUAUGAGCAUGAUAUAAGAUGGCAAGAAUUACGACAUUCCUCAGAACGCAGACUGGAUCAUCCAAUGCCUAGAGAUUUCAUCAGAGAGGAGCGCAGACCUUUCGACCGGGAUCGUCGGCCCUACGAUCGAGAGGAUAACAGGAACAGAAGAGACAGGGAUGACUUCCGAGAUCGUCCCCGAGACGACAGGACAUGGGAUCGUGGUCGUGAGAGAGAACGUGAAAGUCGUUUUAGAAACGAAAGAAGCAUAAGCAAAGACAGGAACCGUGACAGAUCUGAAAGAAAUCGAAAGGAUACGAGCAAAGAAAGUGGCAAAGACGAAGAGAGAUCUAAAGGGAAUAAUAGCUGGCAGGAGUGUCCGAAGAAGAACAUCGUUGAAACACCAACUCAAGAGAUCAGUGUUCCAGAAACCAGCAAUGACUCAGUCGAAGUUGCGCCGAAGCCCCUGGAGAUGCCAAAACUUCCAAAUUACACGAUGGUCGACGAUCUACUCUGUCCACCUGGUCGACAAAAUAGACCGCCGAAAAUAGCGAUAAUAUUGAGAGGACCACCUGGUAGUGGAAAAUCAUUUGUGGCCAAACUUAUAAAGGAUAAGGAAGUCGAACAGGGUGGAUCGGCACCAAGAAUUCUUAGUCUUGAUGAUUAUUUCCUUGUUGAGAAGGAAAUUGAGUCUAAAGAUGAUAAUGGGAAGAAAGUCACAGUCAAGGAAAUGGUUUACGAGUACGAGGAGGGAAUGGAACAAAGUUAUUUAGCGUCCCUUAUAAAAGCGUUUAAGAAGAACGUCACUGAUGGAUUUUUUAACUUUAUCAUUCUUGACUGUAUUAAUGAGAAGAUUUCUGAUUAUGAGGAUAUGUGGACUUUUGCUAAAACCAAAGGUUUCCGAGUAUAUGUGUGCGAAAUGGAGAUGGAUGUACAGAUUUGCUUAAAAAGAAAUAUCCAUAAUCGUACUGAGGAUGAGAUCAAUAGAAUUGUCGAUUAUUUUGAACCGACACCAAGUUACCAUCAGAAGCUGGACGUAAAUUCAAUGUUACAGGAACAAGCUAUCGAGGAGGUCCAUAUGGAGGACAGUCAAAACACGGAAGAAAACGCGAACCAAGCGAACGAGGAUAGUCAAGAUAGUCAAGAGGCAGUUGGUGUCAGUAAGUGGGAGCGAAUGGAAGCCGAAGAUAAAUUAGACAGAUUGGAUGGAUUGGCCAAAAGGAAAAAUGACGGUAAACCGCAAACGAUGGAAGACUUUCUUCAAGUGCCAGAUUAUUAUAACAUGGAGGACACACCUGGAAAGAAACGAGUACGAUGGGCCGAUCUGGAGGAGCGUAAGGAGCAGGAGAAGUUACGUGCAGUUGGAUUUGUAGUUGGUCACACAAACUGGGAUAGAAUGAUGGAUCCAACAAAAGGGGGAAGCGCACUUACACGUACCAAGUACAUAUGACCCAAGUUUAUUCCUAGAUCCUCUAGGCAAAACUUUUAACAAAAAGAUUUUUUCGCUUAUCCUAAGGGCGACACAGUGAGAGAAGCAAGAAAUCAUCGCACCUGGAUAUUUUUGUUUUUAGAAAUAUCACUUUUUUAAUCUGAAUACAUACAAAGAACUUUCUCUACUUAUGUGAAAAUGACUUGUAAUUAUUGUAUAAAUCGUUAUUGCAACAAAG